GUCGAACUUGAAGAUUCUUUUUGGCAUCGACUUCCAGUUAGCGUGUGUGGCAGGACAGUUUCAGUGCUGUCGUUGAAGAUUUUGGGUCACGUCGUCGCAGACAGAAACAAGCAACCAUGACUUCAACAAAUAUGUUUCAGGGACUUGAUAAUAACUCCAAACCAAGUUCAAGGGUACUAAGACCUCCAGGUGGAGGGUCCAGCAAUCUAUUUGGCGGUUAUGAGGAAGACACUUCUGCGGCCAGACGGCCAAACAAGAUGUCAUCCUCUAUUUUUGCUCCUGCAGAAGAGUCUCAGGGUAGUUUCAAACGCUCCAAUCCCCCAGGUGGGAAGAGCAGUGGGAUCUUUGGGGGGCCAGAGGCUCCUCCGACUCAGAGCAAGCAAAUGUCACGUAGUGCAGCAUCCAGUAACAUCUUUGGUGACUCAGAGUCAACUCUGCCUGCUGUUAAAAGCCAUCCCAACAAACCAAAGGACAACUUAAGUGUGGGUGUACCUGCAACACCGGAUCCACCAGUACCAGUGCCUAAGCUGGAGAAAGCAGUUGAGGUGGUGAAGGCAGAGGCGGUUUCUCCUCAACCCACACCUGAAAAAGAGCCACCUACCCCUGCAUCAGCAGCCACUAAGAAUUCUGAGCCAGCCACAAUGCAACCAUCAGAAAAGGACCAUGAGCCACGCCUCGGACCACGCCCUCGCUCCCACAACAAAGUGAUUAACCCACCCGGUGGAAAGUCCAGCGUGGUUUUCUACUAGCCCUUUCAUUGUCUCUUUCCCAUCUGUCUUUUGUUUCUCUCCUCCAUCUGUUUUUUUACUAAAUCAUCUUUAUCUUUAUUUACUUUCUCCUCCAUUAUUCACUGCAUCUUUGGGUUUAUUUUGUUCUUAUCUUUCAUUCCUUGUUUGCUUUUGCACUUUCAGAUUCAUUCCUCACUUCUCCUUCAUCUUCAUCCUUUUCAUUUAAUUCAAAUCACUGUUGCUGUCACACAACUGAAUGGUUAUUUCUUCAUUCAAAUGGUUUGAAUUGACUGUUUUCUUUAUAAGAGUAUGUUCUCUGAAUUUGAUAAUGUAUAAGUUUGCAUCUUAAUGGAAUUCAGCAGAGCCUAUGCAAUGCUCAACUGGAAUCACUGUCUGUUGCCAAAGCAAGCUCUUCAGUAUAAGCAUGUACCGUAGUUCAAAUGUACCUUUGAAACUCAGUGAAUGUGUUCUGAUGGACAUGGCAAUGAUAGAUUUACUUUUGUUCAAUACGAUGACUUCAUUUCUCAUUUGAUUCCUUAUUCAAAUCUCCCUCUCUCUUGCAUCUGUUUAGUAAGACAUUAAGCCAGGCAAAAAAAGCAGUAGCUCAGAUGCCAAACCAAAAAAUGCACAUUUGAUAAUCGCUAAUGCCAAAGCACACAUGCACAUUCCAAUGGAUAAUAGUGUGUACAAUCAAAUAUUAUUAAUGUAUCAACACAUCGCAAUAUUGAGAUGUCCAUGCAUAAUUCAUACAUGUCACAUAGUCUAAAAAAUGCAUUGGCAACAUGCAUACGAAUGUAACUAGAGAGCCUUAAACUCAGAAAAUCCUCUUAUGCUAAAGAGGACUACUUGAAAAAAGUUACGCUAUUGAAUUUGGCCUUUCUUCCCUGUAUCAAUUAGCAGUAUGUUUGUUUUAAAUUAAAAUGGCAUUUGGCUAUAUGUGGCACAUCUAUUUAAGUGUGUGAUCACUUCCCACAUACAAGUGCCAUCCCUGUCCAAAACACUUCACUUUUUGCUUGGCAAUGUGACUGGCUGGGAUGAUGUCACAGAAGCCUGUGUCUUACAAUAAACCUGUGUUGUGCAUUUUGUAUGCUGUUUUGUAUUGCUGUUUUUUUUUUUUUUUUCAUGACAGUAAAAGUAUGUUUUACCAUGUUGCUCAAAAUAAACUAGCCCAAAUCUUCA